GGGAACUAACAGUCGCGCGGCAACCCUGGACAAGCGUACGAGAGAACUCCAUCCUCGCCACAGCACUCGCACGCUGCUUUCCGUGCCUUCAGGUCUUGGAAUGGUCCUUCCUCGGCCUCCCAAUGACGUCGCAUCCUGUACCGCAGGAGGGAAGCUAUGUGGAGCAGUCAAUCCGGCCUCUCAUGAAGCUGCGCAACCUGUUGUCGCUCACCGUGCAUGCGACCAAUGUACCUCAGGUCACAGAGGCAGAAUUAGUGUCGAUGGCGGACGCUUGGCCACUGCUCACCACAUUGCGCAUACUUGAAACACCCGCCGUCGGUCCAGGAGAUGCGGAACCGGGCCCUGCCGCCUUGGUCGCCCUUGCAUCACGGUGUCCAAACCUGGAGGUGCUGCAGCUUCGUUCGUGUUAUAUUCCCAAGUCUGUGUUUUCGCGGUUGACCGAGUACCCUGUGUUCGACCAUCCGCUGAAAACCGUGUUCUUCUCGACCUUCCGCACAGAUGACUACCAGUACGCGGCAUUACUCUUCGACCGUCUCUUCCCUCACCUGGACUUCGAACCCCAAACGCCGACAGAUGGCCCAGCUAACACACUGCCCGGGUAUUCCCCGCAUCCUUCCUGGGUGCAGUUGUGUGCGGGAGUACGGGCUCUCCAGAUGGCGAGGCGGUACCAUGAAGAACGCCCUGGCAUCUCUCCGAGGCAGCCUGACGGAAAUGCUCCCGCUGGACGAAGUGCAUCUGGGACCGUGCCUGAUGACUAGGAGACCGCGGACGCGAGUGCGCGAGAGUGUGGAUUGGAGAGAUUGCUAACGCGGUCGACUUGAAGCAGUGGGGGUUCG